GUUUUUCCGUUGCGAAGAACUUUACUUGAGUGGUUCUGUGGCUCCCAAAAGUCAUGAGGGUCCACUGGAGCCUAGUGAUUACCCUAUAUGUAAUUUUACAUAUUACUUGGGCAAAUGGAAAGGCGAUCGAGUCUACAUAUAAUAAGGCAGUUACUAAACCAAACGUACAAAAAAGAGUGGGCUAUGACUACCCGGUACCUUCGGGCGGCGGUCUGAGCAGCGGGGGCGGCGACCAAACCGGUCACGGUUAUGGCGGCGCAGGCGCUACCGGCGGCGGCGCCGACCUUCACGGAGGCGGCGGUGGGGGCGGCUGGAGUGCAUCUGGCAGCGGACAAGACUACGGAGGCGGCGGCGGUCAUGACUUUGGGGGAGGCAGUGCAGGCGGCCAGGACUUUGGUCAUUCUGGAGGCGGCGCAUUAGGUCACGACCUUGGGGGCGGCGGUCACGAUAGCGGGAGCGGUCAGGAUUCUGGCGGCUACAGCGGUCAAGAUCUUGGAGGCGGGCAUGGAGCAAGUUACGAAGGCGGAGAUAGUCACGGAGGCGGUGGCAUCACCGCCCCUGGUAUUAACGGAGGUGAGGAGCACGUAUACGAAGACAGUCAUGGAGGCCAUGACGACCAUCAUGUCGAAGAACACCAUGAUCACCACGAUCAUCACGAUCCAGGAAUCUGGAAGAAAAAAAUGAUAUGGAAGAAGGGAUGGAAGAAAAUCUGGAAGCCGGCUAAAAAGCAAAUCUGGAAACCGAGUUGGAAGAAGUACUGGAAGCCCAUAUGGGUGCCGACGAAAAAACCCGGUUGGAAGGAAAUCCAAGUGCCGGACUGGAAGAAAAUCUGGAAACCGGUGUGGAAACCCAUCAAGGUGCCUGCGUGGAAGGAAAUACAAGUGCCUGACUGGAAGAAAAUCCAUAAACCUGUUUGGAAGCCGAUUCAAGUUCCAGCCUGGAAGGAAAUACAAGUCCCCGACUGGAAGAAAAUAUGGAAACCGGUCUGGAAACACAUAACAGUUCCAGCUUGGAAGGAAAUACAAGUACCAGUGUGGAAAAAGCAUUACAUUCCAGUUUGGGUUAAAGAAGGCAUCCACGGCGAUCAUUAUCUAGGUAAAGAUCACCAUGGAGCUGAAUACACGGCACACGACAUCUGGAAGAAGAAGUUAAUCUGGAAACCAAUCUGGAAGAAGUACUGGAAACCAGCCAAGAAGCAAAUAUGGGUGCCAGAUAAGAAGCUUGAAUGGGUACCUGCGUGGAAACAAAUCUGGCGAACCGAGAAGAAACAAAUUUGGGUUUCCGACAAAAAGUUGGUCUGGAAGGAAGCGUGGAAGCAAAUCUGGAGGACGGAAAAGAAACAAAUCUGGGUGUCCAGCAAAAAACUAGAAUGGAAGGAAGCCUGGAAACAAAUCUGGCGAACCGAAAAGAAACAAAUCUGGCUUCCCGACAAAAAGCUGGAAUGGAAAGAGGCGUGGAAGCAAAUCUGGAUUCCCGACUGGAAGCAAAUUUGGGUACCGGGCUGGAAAAUGAUCUGGAGGCCCGUGAUAAUCAACGAGUGGUUCCCAUCACCAGACCAUCACGACCAUCACCACGGAUGGGACCGUAAAGACAACCAGAAACCAACAGACACCAACAAACUGUACAAGAGAAAUACCCAAACCAAAAAUGUUGAAGUGCCAAAAGAUAAGAACUGGAACUUCCCGUCUUCUUAGCAGGAGAAAGAAAGGAUUUUUUCCGUACCUUUUGUAAAUAUUAUUAGUAUUAUUUAAUUUGCAUGAUGCGUACCUCGACUGAUCUUUUAUGUAUUAUAUUAUGUAUUAACUGUGCGUAUGCAUUUCUUGUUUAACUCGUAGAUAUAAGAUCUAAUUGUUGAUUUGUUUUAAUGUUAUUGUUAUUUUGUAAAUAAAUUACAAAUAUUAAUAUAUUUGCACUUUUAUU